AUGCCUCAAACCAGUACAAAAAUUCUAUUUGCGUAUUUGGUGAAAUACCUGGAGUUUGACGAGAACAGGUUGAAGGAGUUAGGAGCAGAUAUGGGCAGAAACAUGUUGAUGAUUCACGGAUUUGAGAGGGAGCAGACACUCGAGGGCCUCCUCUACAAAAUCACGUACGUCCACUUGCCGCAGUUCUACGAAACAGCUCGCCACCUCGAGAAAGUGGUCAAGAACAAGCACUACCUGAUCACUGAAUCAAAUCCAAUUUUCACAAACCAGGCAAGCACGCCCCAGAAUGAGACAUUUUGCUGUGAGACACUGAUAGCAGGCGCAAUUGAGAAGAUGAUUGGAGUCAGUGGAUUCAGCUGUGACGUCACAGCCCACAACUCCACGAACAAGGUCGUCUACGAGGUGCAGGCAUCCAAUUGA